GGGGCCGGGGGUUAGUUCGCUGCAUCCUUUUUGCUCACGGGAGCGCGCGACGCUAGGCGGGCGGGAGGCCCUGGUUCAGCGUCACUCACGUCGACUCGGUCUCCUCGGUCGUGUGUCCGAACCUCUCCUGUCCGUGACGUACGAUAUCCAAAUCCUACCGGUACUAAUUUGAGCGUGCCGUUUUCCCGAAGUAUCAUUUUGAAAAUAAAUAAACCUCUCAUUCAUUAAAAUAAAUUUUCAUCGUUUUCAUCUCGUUUCCGUUUUUUAACAGUUCAUUUCGUAGUUUUAAAAUUGAUUUUGUUGUGUCUUUAAGAUUAAAUAAAUUGAAUAGCUUAACUGUGACUUUCGACUAGACAUUUGUGAUUGAGAAAAAGAAUAUUUGGAUUAUAGGAGAAGUGAAAAGUGUCCCAAGUCAAAGGCGCCAGUUUCAAGUUGCCGAUCUCAUUUACAUCUUUUAAGUAGAUUGGAACCAGAACCAGCGAAAUUCUUAAGAUAUUAAACAAGGCGUGCUUCAAACAACAAUUCACUUCUAAAUUUGAAAAGUUUUGAACGGGAUCAAACGAGCGGGAUUUAAAUCUUACCCUGCCUGCAGUGCGUGCCAAGAGCCCCAGAGUCCCAGCCAUUAGAUUGAGUGGAGUGUCCCCUGCCCACACGUAGCCCUGUACGCAGCCAAAAUUCCGCGAGAUACAACGGACACCUCCUCCAGCAUGGAUCUGGAGAAAGCCCCCACUCUCCAUGAAGAAGACUCCAAAGUUACCCUCACUAUCAGAUUGAUUAUGCAGGGGAAGGAGGUUGGCAGCAUCAUUGGAAAAAAAGGCGAAAUUGUUAAAAGAUUUAGAGAAGAGUCUGGAGCUAAAAUCAAUAUAUCAGAUGGAUCAUGUCCAGAGCGAAUUGUUACAGUCACUGGCAACACGAGUGCUAUAUUCAAAGCUUUCACACUCAUCUGCAAGAAGUUUGAAGAGUGGUGCUCGCAGUUCAACGAGGGCGGCGGCGGCGGCUCGCGCGCGCCCAUCACGCUGCGGCUCAUCGUGCCCGCGUCGCAGUGCGGCUCGCUCAUCGGCAAGGGCGGCUCCAAGAUCAAGGAGAUCCGUGACGUCACGGGCGCCAACAUACAGGUUGCAAGUGAGAUGCUUCCAAACUCAACUGAGAGAGCGGUGACGAUCAGUGGCACAUGCGACGCCAUAACACAGUGCAUUUAUCACAUUUGCUGUGUUAUGCUCGAGAGUCCACCAAAAGGUGCAACAAUUCCAUACAGACCAAAGCCAAACGUCGCAGGACCUGUCAUACUAGCUGGCGGUCAAGCCUACACAAUACAGGGAAAUUACGCCGUACCGGCGCAAGAUGCGGUGUGCGCGCCCGUGUUCCCCGUGCUGGAGAUGAAGCCGCCCCUGGUGGGCGCGCUGCCUCCCGCGCACCUGCUGCCGCCGCUGCACGAACACCACCUUAUGGGUGGGCUAGCUAAGUCACCGCUAGCAGGAUUAGCUGCUCUCGGACUUGGAGGUCUCGGACCAGCGAAUACUGGCGGUCUUAAUCCAGCAGCGCUGGCGGCGCUGGCCGGCUCGCAGCUGCGCACGUCCAACCAGACGCGCAACACGCCCGCCACCAACCAGCAGUCGCACGAGAUGACGGUGCCCAACGAGCUCAUCGGCUGCAUCAUUGGCAAGGGGGGCACCAAAAUCGCAGAAAUUCGCCAAAUCUCAGGCGCAAUGAUCCGGAUAUCGAAUUGUGAGGAGCGCGAGGGUGGGAGCACCGACCGCACCAUCACGAUCUCCGGCAACCCUGACUCCGUCGCUCUGGCCCAGUAUCUCAUCAAUAUGAGGAUCACGAUGGAGACGGCGGGGCUGCCGCUGCCCGGCUACCACUACAUCGCGCCCAACCACAUCGUCAAGGCGCCGAUCCAUUGAAUGGGGCUCCGUGGCCAGACUUCCAGCAUUGCAACCAAGUUCUACAACACCGACCGCUACUACAUCCAACCGCAAUACGGGAAUCUGGCUCCGAUGUACUUCUUCAAAUAAAAUAAAAACAUUUCGACCAAACGAUCGGGAAACGAGAGGGAAAGCGAUCGGCGAAUAGCUGAAUGUAUGUUUACAUUUGUUACGAGUUUAUAAGUAUUUUAGAUAUUCUUAUAUUUAUUCUCCAAUGUUUGAUUGAUUGGAGUUCACCCGUCGGUCGUGUGAUCGAUUGUCGAGAGAGUGGUAGUAAUUCGGCACUCGAAUGAUGAAAACUAAUUAAAGGACUGAAAUUUUGAAUAUUUAUUCGGUCCGUGAACAGUGCACGACGAUAAAUAUGAGGAGCGCAUAAUAGAAAUCUAUAAUUUUUUGCCUUUGUUCACUGUUCAGGGAAUAAGAUUUCCGACGUCGGGAGUGACUAAGCUGAUCGAAUUUACUACGGAUUUAAGCGGUCAAAUAAUUCUAUAUUCGGUUGGAUCUUUCAUUAUUUAUGAUCGGUAGAGUACUGAUCGGAAAUAAACAAAUGUUCGAAAUUAUUUAAUCGAGCGUCGGCGUACAUUAGAUGUAGAUGCGUUACAAUCGACCUCGGAUCUGCUGACGUAGCUUAGCGUUAGACUAGCGAACAGAGUGAGAGGGUUAAAGACAAUAUUUGUAAAUAACAUAAUCGUAAUUACCUGGAAAAUUAGGUGUUACAGUAAGCACUCUUACAUUCUUGCGUUUAAUGGCAAUUUUGUUCCAAAAAUCGUAUGUUAUUGAUUACUUGAACUGCACCGAGAAACAUUUUUGUUUGGAGGUGCGACCGGUUGUUUCGGAAGUCAUUUUAAUUGAAAGAUAGUUCGGACGCUCUUGACAUUAUGAUAAAUUGUUUUUUUCUUGCGAUUUUUGAUAUAUUCUACUCGUACAAAAUUGUCAUUAAUAGCCAGUUUGUAAGUUUUACAAGGUCCGUCGUGCGAACGCGAUGUGGCUUUACGAAACCGAUGGGAUCAAAUCCUUUAAGAAACUUACAUUAACAGAGAAACGGUGGCGAACUGAAACAUUCAGUAUAUUAUAUUUUAAAAUAUCGUCUAUUAUCACAAAAAAGACGUUAGAUGUAAAAUAGUGUUACUAAAUGUGAUAGUCUUCUAAUUUAUUUAACAUUUGAAGAAUUCUAACAUAAACACCUCGUGUACAUCGGCAACAGCGUUUUAAGUCGAAUAAAUAAUAUUGGUCCAGGGAUCAAAGCCAAAGAUUGUUGAAUUUGUUUAACAUUAUGAAUGUUGUGGAUUUAUUGCUAAAUUAUUCUGAAUGUAGUUACAAUUUAGUGAAUUAAGAACAGUUUAUUUCGAUUACUUUAUUACCCUCUCCAGACUGCUCAUGAUAUUUAGUCUUAGAUUGAGAUUUUAGAUAGUCUGUGGUAAGAAACAUAAAAAAGAAAAAUGAAAAAAAAAAGUUUAGGUUUAACUAGACUAAGGUAAGUAUAGGACCAGUGUAUUAAGAUGCUUUCCAGUAAAGUAUUUUUGAUCUUUUAGAAAGAAAUAGUGCCACAUUAUAAAAUAUUUUGUGCCAAAAUACAUGCAACAAUGCCAAUAAUAAACAGUCAAGUUAAUAUAUAAAAAGUAACACUCGAUAUUCGAAACUAUUGGGUAUCUUAAAAAUUGAAACACGUUAAUUUAAACCACCAAUAACAUUAUUUUGCACCCUAGAGUAAGACCACUUUCACAGUUAGGAUAAAGAAUCUUCAAACAUAUCCCUAACGUAUCCCUUAUGUCUUCCCUUCCAGUAUUUAAUUGUGAAUUUUUGAACUUUAGUGCCAAAUAUCUAUAUACAAUGAUUUUAAUUAUUAUGUGUUUGUGACGUUCUUAAAAUUAUUAUAAUUACAAUUAAUAAUAUUUUUAGUACUAGUCAAAUUGGUCUGAUAAAA